AUGCGUAUUGCCAUCUCUACUACCCUUGCUUGUGUACUCGUUGCAAGCAGUGUAGCCAAUACAGAUCCUAUGACAAGACUUCAAACGCAACACUCCGACUUGUCUCCCUCAAAGGUUUCCGGUGUCGCAAGAUUCAUCCCCUCUUUACAACAAAAAACCGCUACGACCACCGUGCAGCCGCAGUUUAUCAAGCGACUUCAUCGGCGACGUACUCGUUUAUUGAAAGCUAGAAAGGAACAGCCCGAAGAACCCGAAGAAAUAGACGACGAUGAAGAAAAGGGAGGCUCACACACAGCUACAAACGGAUCAGGCCACGGAAAAUUCCUUGAACCAACUGUCCACACAACGACCGAUGGGCCUGUCAGAACCGUCACUCAAACAGGCGAUAAAGUGAUUGCAGGUACAGCUCCGCGAAAAAACACCUUGGUCAGGACAACCGUGAGUGAUUUGAACCGUGCUGCUACUGCUGGUGCCAGAUCUCCGAGAGCGGGGAAUACCGACGAUGAAGCUGGUGAUGGCACAGCCAGUGAUGCCGUUGAUGAAGAAGAAAUAGGUAGACCCGACAGCGCCUAG